UACUCCGUGGUCCUCGAAAUGUGUCGCCACUGCGGUGACAUGUCCUGCUGGUGUGGCUGCAGCUGGCGGUCACGUCUCAGGGUGGGGGGCGUGGGGACUGCUGGAUGCGGGGCGCCCAUCUGAGAGGGGUCACCGGGCAGGGAUCCAACACCCCGUGGGCAUUGCGUCCUACGGUCUCAGCCCCAGCCACCAGCCGGCUCACCCUCGGGGCUCACUGGCUUGUCCGUGAGAACUGGCCUGAGCCCCAACGCAUGCACGCCCCUGGAAGCAGUGUGUGCAUGGCGUCGUCCCCAGGGGGACAGUGGUCCCCAGCUCCCAGGUUGGCUGACGGUCACCCUGUCUGAAAGCUCAGCAGCCCAGUGCAGAGCUGGUGGCCGGGAGGGGUUAGGGGUGUCGCCGGGGAACACGGCGUUUUAUUCUGCGCGUUGUGUUGCCCGAGCACAGCCAUUGAGGGCACCCCCCGCCCUUCGCCCUGGGAACCUCAGGGAGCUCGCAAUGCAAGCUCACCCUAAGGGGCGCCCACAGCUGGUAACCCCUGGUCUCGGAUGCAACCCUGACCCUCUGAGUCAGAGUCUGCUUGCGAGCGCCACCGGCCGCCUCCCCCUCCCCCGGCCCCCCAGGUGAUGCUUCUGUGGGCAGCAAAUUGGAGAAAACGCCACUCUGAUAGAUGCAGGGCACGGGCGAUUAUUUCUGUAUGAAGCUGAACUCUAACAAGGACGGCUGGCCGUGAAGGCCCGAGACCCAUAGGUGUACAAGUUUCCAUUUAUCUGAAACAUGCAAAUCCACAGAGACACAAGCCCCCCCCCCGGGGGGAGGGUUGCCAGGGGCUGCCGGGUGGGGGGCACGGGGACGGGGCCUCCUUCUGGGUGACAAACCGGGUCUGCAGCCCGACCCAGGUGAGGUUUGCCGCUUGCGGUGCUGUUCAGUGCACCUGAACCCGUGCGCUCUCCAAAGGUGUGGUUUACGGCACGUGAACGUUGCCUGCAGUAAAAAAAAAACAAAACAAAACCAAAAAAGCAGCCACCAAUCCAGGCAAGAUCAAUAGAGUUGUGAGAUGCCGUUUCGCGGCCAGUUCUGUGAGGACGCCAGGAGCUGCCUCGUACAUGGUGGGCAUGAGGAAUGAAGGAGGGACGGCGGCGGCGUGACAGAUGUGAAAAUCUCGGAAAGCGGAACUCUGGCUCCCACGCCGAGGAAGGACCCUCUCUGCAAACCUCAGGGGUGGAGCAAAGCACCCCCGUUUUAGAGAACCUUGCGAAGGCCUGGAGGAAUACCAGCCCGCACACAUGUGGAGGAAGCAGCAUGGCCCGUCCCGCGGGAAGCCCCAUGGGUCCCCAGGUGAAGGCCGUCCUGCUGUCGGUGCUCCUGUGCCUGGCGGUCCUCCUGACCCAGCAGGACCAGGGGUCGCGAAGCGAGAAACACAUCCCCUACCUAAACGUGAGGUUCGACCCGUGGAAGAUGAACUUAAGUUGGGACUGCCAAGAAAACGUCACCGUCGUCACCUGUCAGAUGGUGCACAAGGAGAAAGGGCCGGUGACAAAGAAGCCCAAGGGGAAAGCCUGUUACUGCACGUUUGCGACCUACGACCUGCACAGGGGGGCCACGUUCGUGAUUACGGUCAACGACACCAGCCGAGAGCCGAUUAUAGAGACCUACGCUAACCCAGGUGAAGAGGGCACGGCCGCCCAAAACUUCUCCUGUGCCGUCCGCAACGCCAGCUUCAUGAACUGCACGUGGGCCAAGGGUCCGGCAGCCCCUGAGGACGUCCAAUAUUUUUUGUACAUCCAAGACGGAAAGCGAAGCAAGGGAACAGAGUGCCCUCAAUACACAGAACGCUCGGGAACCCACGUGGGGUGCCACCUCCAAGACCUCUCAGAGUUGGACUUCUACUCUUACUUCCUGGUCAACGGCACCAGCCAACAAGCCGGGAUCCAGUUCUUUGACACUAUUUUGUCGUUAAAUGAAAUAGAAAGAUACAGCCCGCCUCACAACAUCACCGUGCGCUGCAACCAGUCACACUGCCUCAUCCAGUGGGAAAAGCCCCGGCUCCUACAGAAACACCUGUCGGACGGGGACUUCCAGUUCCAGCUGGACAUCCGGACAGCGGACAAUACGCAACCAAGCGAAAAUCCACUGGUGCCUGCUGGUUCGGGAACUAGAUACACCUUCGUGAGCCCUCAGCCCAGAGCCAAACACACUGUGAGAAUACGGGCAGCAAACGCCAGGGGCCACACGUGGGGCGACUGGAGCCAGCCGGUCGCAUUCGCUAGGACACCACACGCAGGAACAACAAAAGAAAAACAAAAAAAGAUAAACGUGACCUUAUAAAAACCAAAACCUUCGGUGCGUUCCGCGAACGACACCCUCAAGACAGUGAAAAGGCAGCCCCCAAGAGGGGAGAAAAUAUUUGCACAUCGUAUAGCGGAUGAGGGUCAAGGACCCAACGCUAACGAAGACGUCGGCGGCAAACACGCCAACCCCUUUCUAAAAUGGGGUAAAAAAACAUGGAGGAGGAAAAAAGAAAAAAAAAGAAUCGACAUGUCCAGGCAUACAGUUCUGAACAAGGUUGGCUCACAAUCUCUUCGGCUUAUCGUGCAGACCAAGCACUUUUUCCAGUGAACGUGUCAUUAUUUGUAAACAGCAGACAUCGCAUCUGUUCACACGGAACCGUCUCAA